AUGUGUCUUCGAACUGGUGGAAGUCCCUCUACAUUUUUAGGGUAUCGCUCGAAACUCAAAGAAAUUGCGGCUGAAGUUUCCACAGCGGAAGAGAAAAAGAAACGAAUACUGCCGGAAUUGAAAAAGAAGAAGGCAGAGUACGAACAGAUGGCGAAGAAGAAUAGUGCUGAGUCAUCGGAACUGAAAGCCAGAGAAGUUGAAGUGAAAAAUUACCGGGUAAGAGUUGAGACUCUCGAGCAAGAAUUAGCAGCGAUCAGCUAUAAUGAAGAAGUGGAUACGAAAAAUCGUGAUACUCUUGCUACUUAUCAGCAGGAGGUUCAUCAAAUGCAGAUAAAGUUGAACAUAUUGCAUCAAAAAAAUCCCCGUAUACACUUCACCUACAAGGAUCCUUUUGUUGGUUUCAAUCGUGAUGAUGUGCGAGGUUGCAUUGCCACGCUUUUCCGCAUAAAAGAUCCAAAGUAUGCAUUGGCGCUGGAAAUCGCUGCCGGCUCUUUUCUUUCUAUGCAGCAUCUUUCCGAGGUUCAGUCUUUUUUUUUUUGCGGUUUUGUUCCAAAGUCCUUCUUCAUUGGUGGUUUUUUGAUUCCCAAUAUGACUUAA